AUGGCCAACUAUCAACUUUAUCGUAAUACAACAUUAGGUGCUACAUUACAAGAAACUCUAGAAGAAAUGAUUUCGCAAGGCGCAUUGACUGAUCAUGCAGCUGGUAAAGUUUUAAGUGAAUUCGAUCGAUCAAUUAAUUUAGCACUCGACAAAAGAAUUAAUAAAAAAGUUCAAUUUACGGGAAAACUAAGUACCUAUCGCUUUUGUGACAAUGUUUGGACACUUGUAUUGAAAGAUUUUCAAGUGAAAGACAAUAAUCCAGGUCAACACAAUACAGCAGUUCCUUCAACGCAAGUACCUCGCGCCGAUAAAGUUAAAAUUGUAGCAUGCGAUGGCAAAAGUACGGCACAAUCUUAA